ACAUACAAUGGCAGCUAUCGGUACAGCUGUAACGGUUCUCACUCCAAAUGGGAGAAGACAAACAGUUAAGGUGUCUCCAAACACACCGUUAUUACAGGUGCUGGAGGACGUCUGCAAAAAGCACGGAUUCGACCCAGACGAUCACGGUUUGAAGUUUCAGAGGACUGUUAUUGACCUUACGGUGCCAUGGAGGUUUGCCAACCUGCCCAACAAUGCUAAAUUGGAAAUGGUGACAAGUGCAAGGAAACAGGCUGUAGCCGACAGCCAGGUGCGGAUUGCGCUUCAGAUGGAGGAUGGCUCUCGGCUCCAGGGUUCCUUCUCUUGUGGACAGAGUCUGUGGGAGCUGCUGACAAAUUUCCCUCAGAUCAGCGUGUCAGAGCUGUCUGAGGCAGGAUCCACUCCCGUGUGUGUUUACAUGAGAGACGAGGUGAGUGGUGAAGAAGCACUAAAGAAGGCCACUCUGAAGUCUCUGGGUCUCACAGGAGGAAGUGCCAUUGUCAGGUUUUUACUCAAAAAGAACAAAACUCCUGGAGAGGAAGAUGGCAGACAAGCCACUGAAACAGCUGUUAUGCCAACAACUCCUGUUGCCAAGGAAACCAGACCUAGCUCGUCAUUUAAGCCCGAUCCUGCUCCAUCACAUCCAGAGACAACAACAGACAUGCCAGUUAUAAAUUCAAGCCCCGAUAGGCCAGUGGAAACCCUGCCUGCGCCAAGUCCUGCCUCUGCCACAAGCACACUUCCACACACUUUAGUUCAACAGGAAGAGGUUUUGAACCCCCAGGAUGCAGUUCGGCCAAAGGUCCCCCACGUUGAGAGAGGAGCGCCAGAGGAAGAUGGUGAGGAAGCGGGGCCAUCAGGAUUAAGCUCUCAUCAAUCUUCUUCUUCCUCCUCUGCUCCAUCGGCCCCAUUCAUUCCCUUCUCUGGAGGUGGUCAACGCCUCGGGGGCCCACGGGGAGGAGUGGUUGAACGCUCACUGUCUUCAUCCUCAUCUCUGUCAGCCCUGACUGCUUCAGUAGAAUCACCCAAAGCCAAGAAAGCCAAAUCCAGCCACGGUGCUAACACCAAGCGUCAAGCCACCUCCAAUCAGCCAGAUGAGGAUAUGGAUCAUGGGGAGAAGUUCUUGGAGCCAGUGGAGAGGGAGCCUCUCAUCUACCACCUGGACUCCAUGUCCCAUCAGUCCGAGGAGCACGGGGAUCUGCCCGAUGAGUUUUUUGAAAUAACAAUGGAUGACGUGCGGAAGCGCUUCGCCCAGCUGAAGAGCGAGAGGAAGUUAAUGGAGGAGGCACCGCUGAUGACUAAAUCUCUGAGAGAAGCCCAGAUGAAGGAGAAGAUGGACAGAUAUCCCAAAGUGGUCCUGAGGGUCCAGUUUCCAGACAGACAUAUUCUACAAGGCUUCUUCAGGCCCCUGGAGACAGUUGGUGCUGUGAGGCACUUUGUGAGGAGUCACUUGGAGGAUCCUCAGCUCAGUUUCUACCUGUUCAUCACACCCCCAAAAACCAUUUUGGACGACCCCUCAGCGACACUUUUCCAGGCUGACUUGUUUCCUGGUGCGCUGGUGUACUUCGGCUCUGACGUUAAAACAGCUUUUUACAUAAAGAGGGAACUCCUUCAAUCCUCCGUCUCGCCCUUGCAAGCAAAUGAAUCCAUUGCAAGCUGCAUGCUCUGGUCCCCCACACCCUCCUCCAGCUCUGUGGGCCCAGAGGAGCCGCUGCCUCCUCCAGAGCAGACCGCAGACACCAGUGGGUGCACAAAGGAUGAGCAAGACCCGUCUGCACGCACCCAGGCUGCUAAACCUACCAGAUCUGAUCCGGGCAAGGUGCCCAAAUGGCUCAAGCUUCCAGGUAAGAAAUAAGGAGGCCUGACCGCCACAGACGCCUGAGAAGCUCUGUCUUGCAGACCGAGUAGAGCACUUAAAUCUCUGCUGCCCCGUGAAAAAGGCUCAGCAUUGUGACUGCAGUGGACUUAAUCCAUCGUGUAGGAUGCCUGCACUCAACUAGGUUUUCAAACUGUCAAAAUAAUGAGCUAAACCCCACUGUAAAUGAUGAAUAUUUCAUUGCCAUGACGAUUGAUGUGUAUCAUUCCAGCUGAUCUCUGGGAGGAGAGAGCGCUGAAGAGGCUGCUUUUAUUCAGCAGGUGAAAAUGUAUUGCAAAGUGA